GAGACAGACAGACUCACGGACCAGCAGACACCACCGUUCGGCGGCCUAGCCCCAGAGCCAGUGAGGCUUUUCGGCUCUGUUCACUGGUGGGAAGCUGAGUUGGCGGAAAGACGCCAGGAAGAGACUUGGAGGCGACCAUAAUGUCUGUACGUUUACACACACUGCCCACCCUGCCUGGAGUUGUCAGACCGGGUUGCAGGGAGCUGCUGUGUUUGUUGGUGAUCACGGUGACUGUGAGCCGCGGCGCCUCCGGGGUGUGCCCCACCGCUUGCAUCUGUGCCACUGACAUCGUGAGCUGCACCAACAAAAACCUGUCCAAGGUGCCUGGCAACCUGUUCAGACUGAUGAAGAGACUGGAUCUGAGUUACAACAGGAUCGGGCUUCUGGAUUCCGAGUGGAUUCCUGUAUCCUUUGUUAAGCUGAACACUCUAAUAAUUCGUCAUAACAACAUCACCAGCAUUUCCACGGGCAGUUUUUCCACAACUCCAAAUUUGAAGUGUCUUGACUUAUCAUCCAAUAGGCUGAAGACCGUGAAAAGUGCAGUGUUCCAGGAGUUGAAGGUUCUGGAGGUGCUCCUGCUGUACAACAAUCACAUCUCCUAUCUCGACCCUUCUGCUUUUGGAGGGCUCUCCCAGUUGCAAAAACUCUACUUAAGUGGAAACUUUCUGACGCAGUUUCCCAUGGAUUUGUAUGUUGGGAGGUUCAAGCUGGCAGAACUGAUGUUUCUAGAUGUUUCUUAUAAUCAAAUCCCCUCCCUGCCAAUGCACCAUAUUAAUUUAGUGCCAGGAAAACAGCUGAGAGGCAUCUAUCUUCAUGGCAACCCAUUUGUCUGUGACUGUUCCCUUUAUUCAUUGCUCAUCUUUUGGUAUCGUAGGCACUUUAGCUCAGUGAUGGAUUUUAAGAAUGACUAUACCUGCCGCCUGUGGUCUGACUCUAGGCACUCCCACCAGGUGCUUCUGCUCCAGGAUAGCUUUAUGAAUUGCUCGGACAGUAUCAUCAACGGCUCCUUCCGUGCACUUGGCUUUAUUCAUGACGCUCAAGUCGGGGAAAGGCUGAUCGUCCCCUGUGACAGCAAGACUGGUAAUGCAAAUACUGAUUUCAUUUGGGUUGGUCCAGAUAACAGACUGCUGGAGCCGGAUAAAGAUCUGGAAAACUUUCACGUGUUUCGCAAUGGAAGUCUGGUUAUAGAAAGUCCUCGUUUUGAGGACGCUGGAGUGUAUUCCUGUAUUGCGAUGAACAGGCAACGCCUGUUAAAUGAGACUGUGGAUGUCACAAUAAACGUGAGCAACUUCACCGUGAACAGAUCCCAUGCCCAUGAGGCAUUUAACACAGCUUUUACCACUCUCGCAGCCUGCGUGGCCAGUAUCGUGUUGGUACUUUUGUAUCUCUAUCUGACGCCCUGUCCCUGCAAGUGUAAAAGCAAGAGACAAAAAAACGUUCUCAACCAAAGCAAUGCCCAUUCGUCUAUCCUCAAUCCUGGUCCUGCUAGUGAUGCCCCCGCUGAUGAACGGAAGGCAGGUGCCGGUAAAAGAGUGGUGUUUUUGGAACCCUUGAAGGAUACUGCAGCAGGGCAGAAUGGGAAAGUCAGGCUCUUUCCCAGUGAGACGGUUAUAGCUGAGGGCAUCCUAAAGUCCGCGAGGGUGAAGUCCGACUCAGAUUCAGUCAAUUCUGUGUUUUCAGACACACCCUUUGUGGCAUCCACUUAAUUUUGUGCCUGUAUCUGUAUGGUAUAGUAAUUUAACUCUCCAUACUUAACUUUCUGCGCAGUCUGCAAAAUAAACAGCAGGACCGAAAUGGUGUCGUUUUGCGUUUUGAAAUGCA